AGGCUCAAGAGGAAGACAUGUUGAGCGUUCGCUCAAACGGACCUAUCACGAGGGCUCGAGCCAAAGCUAUUGCUCAAGCCACUUCGAGCAUUGUCGCUAAGGCCUUUGCAAGGAAUGGAGCGUCCUCAAUUUCCACACCCACCUUCAAGAUUUUAUCAUUGUCUACUUGGCGUGAAGAGACUUCCUAAAACUUAAAGUCUCAUCUUUGGGUUUAUAUUGCUAUUUGUUUUUAUUUUUAUUUGCUUGUAUUUAUUUACCUUGUUUCCUUUUAAUAGAAAUCUAGGUUUAGGUUCCCAUAGAUAUGGGAUACUAGUUUUGUUGGCCACACGUUGAAUUUGAGAACAAAGGGAUUUGAGAGAGUUUUGGACUCCUCCCUUGCCUUCGACGCCGCCUCACUUUAUUCCUCAUUUGUGCCGAUCCUAUUACCAAACAAUUUCAUUCCUUUAAUCUUCGUUCUUGUUUGGAGUUUAUAUCCAUCAUCAUUAAUUGCUUUUGUCCCAUUUUCCUUUACAAGUGAUUGAUCUUUAAAUUGCCGAAUUGAAAACAAAAAUGGGGAUCGGGUUAUCAAAUUAAUGGAGUUUGAUCACUUUUUUCCGACGUCAUCUUUGGUACAUCUUCUUCCUUGUAAGUUAGUGGGGCUGUCCCCAUUUCCGUCCUUAAUUUAGUGGAGACCGUAGGCCUCACAUCUACCAACGUCAUUGGUUAAUUAAGUGGGAUUGUAUCCACUUCAUCUACGGCAACAAUCUUUAAAUUUCCAAAUUGAGAAUUAGAGUGGCUGUCCCCAUUUCCAUCCUUAAUUUAGUGGAGACCGUAGGCCUCACAUCUACCAACGUCCUUAGUUAUUUAAGUGGGAUUGUGUCCACUUCAUCUACGGCAACAAUCUUCAAAUUUCCAAAUUGAGAACUAGUGGGGGUGUCCCCAUUUUGUCUUUAAUUGUGUUUGAUAUUCAUAACCAAAAAAGAUUUAGGAAUUGAGCUACCUCCUUUCCAAGGCCGAGAAUGUGACUUCCUUCCCCACUUUUCAAGGCUGCCUUAGGCGUCAACAAGGGAAGCUUCAGCACACGUCCUAUCUAGAUCUGAUUCAAGCAAGCCUUUCAAGAGGCUAACGCAUCAAUUUUGUAUCAGCUUCCAGGGGUACGACGUGUUGUUCAUCAUUCUCUUGUUUCAAUUUCUCUCAUUAUAUUUCUAACCCUCACAUAUGUUUCCUUUCUUUAUUUUUUCAUAGCUGUCCCGCUAUUCCAACCGCAACUAAAAAAAAAAACAGCCCUUAAGUUUGGACAUAGUUCACACCCAGAAUGUUAUAUUUUGUGGUCGCCUUAUUUCUUUGUAUGCAAUAGUACUAUCUUGCUUUAUCAUAUUAUUUAGCAUAUUGACCCUAUGAUUAUUUUGCUGCAUAAUAUAUCUUGCAUGAAUAUAAGUUUGCGAUUAUUGUGACAAGCCUACAAUCAUCUACAAAAAUUUGAGCAAGGUUGCAUUCCACGAAUACACUAAAAUUUGUGUUGUUACCUUGUUCUCUUGUUUGUUACCAUCAUAACUACCGUUAAAAUUUGAGCAAGGUUACAUUUCACGAAUACACUAAAAUUUGUGCUGUUACCUUGUUUUCUUACUUCUCACUAUCAUUAGUGCAGUUGAAAAUUAAAAAAAAAAUCGAUCACAAAGAUCGAAGACAUUGGCAUACAUCCAUUUCAUGUAACACAAUUAAUCGACGACUUUAUUGUGUAUUGAUUAUUUGCUUUGAUUUAAUCAAUGGAAAAAUAUUGCAUCGUUAAUUUGGCUUGAAUAAGUUAUUGCAUACAAGUUCACUUCUUUCCUUCACCUCCCUCACGGAUUACUUUACGUAGAUACCGGGAGAUUUUGUUACUUAGAGUGUGUUGGACUGCAUUUUGAACUUCUUGUAGUUGCUGCUAUUUUGUUGUUAUUAACCUCUUGCUAUGUCUGUGCAUGAGGAGGAACUUGACGUGCAAGCGGCUGAAUUGUUGGCGAUGAAGGAACGCCUUAACAAGUCCGAGGCUGAGCGCAUUGUUCUGGCCGAACGGUUGGCCACUACGGAGCAUCAACUAGCUCACGUAACACGAAUUAUGGGGGCUCAACAUGGGCCUAUUGGGGUGCCCCCUUCCUUAGUUCCAGACACUCCAUUAGCCGCUAGUGUCGGACAACAAGUUCUUCAACACUCCCGGCAUGAUAGGAGUAAAGGACUAGUGUCAUCAUCACACCAACAACAUGUUCAUCACAAGCAGCCCAACAGACUGCAGUUGGUCAUUGAGAGACCUAAUAUCGAUAACAUUGAUGAUCGAUGGCAACCAAGAUCAAACUCUAGAGACCUCGAAGACAAUGGUCAUUACUCAGACCAUGCGGACACCCUUAGAGGCGACCACCUAUCACUUGAUCGACACAGGUAUGAUCACUCUAACCCUGAUACUCAUUACUAUGGACAUCACUCCGUCCGCACCAACAAUGCAAGACCUACCACACGGCCUGAUAGAGGCCAUACGCAGCUUGCUCCCCAAGCUCCUUUUAGACCUUAUUCUCCAUUUACUUUUGGUGAAUAUGAUAAGGAGGAUAUGCACUUAGCUGGCGAGGUAAUGUUAAUGCUAAUGCUUAUGAUGAAUAUGAGAAUGUGCAACCUAGGCAUAGGAGAGGCCACAAUGGAGUUCGUGGGAAUGCAAAUAACCAACAUGGUGACCGCGGCUUUAAGGAGAGACGCCAAGUUCAACCCAAUCAUAACUCUAGACACGAUAUCAAGGUAAAGAUUGAAAACUUUAUUAGUGAAUAUGAUGCGGCUAUCUUUUUGGAUUGGUUGCAGGCAACGGAACAUGCACUUCAACAUUGCCACUAUUCCGAAGAGGAAAAGGUGAAAAUUGCCACUUUGCACUUCCAAGGAGCCGCAAGGUCAUGGUGGCCUAGAGAUGUGGCCAAUAGAGCUCGCAUGGGACGUGAGCCUAUUCGACAAUGGCACCAACUUGUCUUCAUCAUGACUCAAAAAUAUGUGCCUCCGGAAUAUAAAAAUGAGAUGAGAUUGAAGAUAGCCUUAGCUCGGCAAGGAACUCAAACACCUCUUGAGUUCUUUGCACAACUAGAAGACCUGUAUUUCAAGGCUGGCAUGAGUGUCACUCUGGCCACCGUUCGGACCAAAUUUCUCCAUGGUCUUCCUGUUGAUUUGAGGGAAGAAAUUGAUGUGCUACCCAUCAAGGACUUAACUGCGCUCGCACACGCCGCUCAAAAGGUUCACUUUAAACUUGUGCGCAAGAAGGUCUAUCCUUGGCUCUCGGCUUCUUCAGUAAAAAGGUAUAAUUCUAACCCUAGUCCUAAGUUUCCUACUAAUUCUAAUGCUAAUGUGCAGCCUAGGUCUCAAGCUCCUAUCUCUGGCUGGCCUACACGCCCCAUUGAGACUCCUAAACUGGCUGCAGCCCCUUCUCAACUUUCAUAUGCCACCCGUCAAGACAAGACAAGUGAUAGAGUAUGCUAUAAAUGUGGCGGCCGUGGACAUAUUGUGCGCGAUUGUCCAAAUCCUAGGAAGGUAUUGUUCUCUCAAGCUACAGGGUAUGAAUCAUUUGACGAUGAAGAGGAUAAUGACGAGGAUCUGAGAACUGUUUAUGAUGACCUUACUAAUGAGGAGCCUUAUGCUUGUGGUCCCCCGGACUUGAAUGAAGGAACGCCUCUUUCCCUUGUAGCUCGUCGUGCUUUAACAGUGAAAGAUGCUUCUGUAGGGGACCAACGAGAGAAUUUAUUUCACACAAGGUGCCUUGUGGGCACUUCAUCUUUGAGUGUGAUAAUAGAUAGUGGUUCUUGCUGCAACAUCUUAAAUGAGAAAGUAGUGAGGGUCUUGAACUUACCAACUUCGCCACAUCCUCAACCGUAUAGCCUACAAUGGAUUUCGGAAGGUCGCCCUUGGCAAUAUGACAAGAAGACCGUGCAUGAUGGAUUCUUUAACACAUACACCUUCCAGCACAAGGGGCGUAGGGUAACUCUUCUUCCCAUGACACCACAGGAAAUAAUCCAUGACCAUGUGGAAAGAGACCGCAUCAAAGCCUUGGAGCAGACAAAAGAAGCAAUCAAGCCCAUGGCAACUACCGGGCUCCCAGCAUUCGCCUAAUCUCAAAGAAUCAACCAAGGCGGGGCACUCUACAAGUCCAGCCACCUUGCGGGUUGUCCCCACCACCCAUGAAUCCCCUUUAACCAAUGAAGAAACAGGGGGAAAGGCCAAAAAGCAGCAGGUCCCAACGAAGCACACCGGCCAUCGGGACAACGCACAGCAGCUUCCUAGGGUACCUGCAAUCACCGAAAUUGGAUCCCCAAUGCCUGAGGACCCUACAUCUACAAUUCAGGGUCGUUGUGAGCGAAGAUUACUCAUGGCACGUUUGAGAGAUAUCACCCCAAUUGUUCAGAGUUCACGGAUGUUAUGCCUGAUGAGAUUCCCGAAGGUCUUCCUCCACUACGUGGGAUCGAGCAUCAGAUUGAUUUAAUUCCCGAAGCUUCUUUGCCUAAUCGUGCAGUCUAUCGGGCAAGUGCGGAGGAGACUAAGGAACUUCAGCGUCAAGUCACCGAGCUCUUAGAGAAGGGCUAUAUACGAGAGAGUUUAAGUCCUUGUGGCGUACCGGUAAUUUUAGUGCUAAAGAAGGAGGGUACAUGGAGAAUGUGCAUGGACUGCAGGGCCAUUAAUCAAAUAACAGUAAAGUACCAUCAUCCAAUUCCUCGCCUAGACGACAUGCUCGAUGAGUUACAUGGAGCCAUCCUCUUUUCCAAGAUUGAUCUUAGGAGCGGCUACCAUCAAAUCCGCAUGAAAGAAGGUGAUGAAUGGAAGACGGCUUUCAAAACAAAGUAUGGCCUUUAUGAAUGGCUUGUGAUGCCAUUUGGACUCACCACUGUACCAAGUACCUUUAUGAGAUUGAUGAACCAUGUAUUAAACAUUUUUUAGGGAAAUUUGUGGUUGUGUAUUUUGAUGACAUUUUAGUAUAUAGUCGGUCUUUAGAUGAACAUGUUUCUCAUCUUAGACAAGUCCUACAAUGUCUUAAGAAUGAGCAAUUGUACGUCAACUUGUCAAAUGUGUGUUUUGCUCGGACAUUACUAUUUUCUUAGGAUUUGUAGUUUUUAGGGAUGGGCUACGUGUGGAUGAGGAAAAAGUCUAUGCUAUAAAGGAGUGGCCUACCCCUACUACAGCGACCAUGGUGCAGUCUUUCUUAGGGUUGGCCGGAUUUUAUAGACGGUUUGUGAGGGAUUUUAGCUCAAUAGCCGUGCCCCUACAUGAGUUGACAAAGAAGGCCACCACAAUUACUUAGGAACCGAAGCAUGAGGCAGCCUUCAUGACCCUUAAGGAUCGCCUAUGCCAUGCUCCUUUACUAUAGUUACCGAACUUUAACAAAACCUUUGAAGUUGAGUGUGACGCCUCCAACAUCGGGAUAGGUGGAGUUCUUAUUCAAGAACAUCGCCCCAUUGCAUAUUUCAAUGAGAAGUUGUCCAGCGCCACUCUCAACUAUCCUACUUAUGAUAAAGAGCUUUAUGCUCUUCUUCGGGUUUUGAAGACAUGGCAACAUUAUUUGUGGCCUAAGGAGUUCGUCAUCCAUACGGACCAUGAGGCCUUGGCUUAUCUCAAGCACCAAUCCACCAUUGGCCGUCGGCAUGCUCGGUGGGUAGAGUUCAUAGAGACC